AUGGUUCUUGCUGUUUUUUUUAUCUCUUAUAUUUUCUAUCUGUCCGUCUCUUUCUCACUCUCUCUACUUCUCUCUCUCUCUCUCUCUUUGUUACUUUCAUUGUUAAUCUUUCUCUCCUUCAGGUUUUCUAACGAUCUGUUCCAUUCUCUCCUUCUCUUUCUUUCUCUCAUUCUCUUUGGUGGUUGCGUUGUUACUCAUUCUCUCUCUCAUGUUUCCUCUCUCUCUCUCUUUCUCUCUGGAACGUUCAUUGAUACUCUUUUUCUCUCUCAGUUUUUCUAUCUCUCUACACCGCCUCUCUCUCACUCUUACUCUCUCUAUUUCAUUCUCUCCCCCCACUCCUCACUUUCAUUGUUUAUCUUUCUCUCACUCAGGUUUUCUAACGAUCUAUCCUCUCUUUCUUUUUCUUUCUCUUUGGUGAUUUCGUUGUUAUUUUCUUUCUUUUUCUACCUCUCUCUUUCUCUCUGGUGCAUUCAAUGUCUUCUAUAUUUCCCUAUCCCUGCCUCUCUCUCUCUCUCUCUCUCUCUCACUCCCACUCUCUCUAUUUCUUUCUUUCUCCCUGUUACUUUUCAUUGUAAAUCUUUCUUUCCCUCAGGUUUUCUAAAGCUCUGUUCCAUCCUCUCCCUCUCUUUCUCUCUUUCUCCCUUUCUCUUUUAG